AUGGAGGCGAUUUUUCAUGAGAAGGUACAUUUUUCAGUCGAUUUCUUUCUUCCUGUAAACUUGCAAAUGUUUAAUCUUAUUCAUAACGACUAGCUUUUGUUUGUUAUACAGCAAGAAGGUUCUCUUUGUGCCCAACACUGCCUGAAUGCUUUACUACAAGGUAAACUUUUUCUAAUGUAAACCCGGUGAAAACCUCUCCUCAAAAAAGUUUAUUUCCUGUGGAUCAGCUGUAGAUCGUUACUUUCCUCAGUGACUAUAAUUCAUAUAAUGCCUAUCUCUGUACAAUGGAAACUAUUAUCACAGAACUCUUGGAUCGAUGCUAGCUCUGAAAGACCGGCAUAUCUGGCUGCAUAUGACAAAGAACCAAGUGCUACAUCUUUUGGAGCUUUGGAGUUUCAAUUUUAAUCUAAUUUUGAAGCCUGAGCUCAUUUUAAUUCAAUAGUAAUUGCCUCUUUAGAUGACAAUCUCCUUUAUCCAGGCAUUUCUAAGUAAAUAACUUAAACAGUGAGCAAACAUUAAAAAUGACUUCCUAGAAUAUAGUCCUUUUUUCUUGUCAACACAAAGUAGUUGAAGAAGAUGUCAAAUUUAUUUUCAGUAGCUUUUUCCUGAUAUAAUGACUGGCAGAAGUUCUUAAAAAUGUUAUCAAAGAAGUCCAAUAAUUAAUCCAAAAGAUCACAUCUUUUCACUCCAAAAAUAAUUUGACCUUAUGAUUUGAAGAGCAUUUUCACUUUCCAAGCUGGAAUAACUAUAUAUUGUGCUUUGUUUGCAAUGUAAGUUCUUUCUACAUGAUUGGGUGAAUUCCUGAAACUUAAGUUGAUCAUCUGUGAUCAUUUCAGAGACAAUAUACCCUUUUUGACAUAAAACAAAAUGAUGUUAUGUAGUUUAAAGGUGAUUCUAUCCUUUUUUUUCAAUUUGAAAUGUAGGCCCUUACUUCACUGCAGUAGACUUGGCUGAUAUAGCAAGACAACUUGAUGAAGAUGAAAGAGACAGAAUGGCAGAGGGCGAUGUCACAUCUAAUGAUUAUCAGGAAUUUCUAAAGGUGCAACAAGGAUUUUAUGUAGUGCUUGUAGAACUAGUUAAUAUAUUUAUCUACCAUAAUACGUGCACCCCAACCUCAUUCUCAGGGUCGUCCCUACCCCUCUUUCACUCGGGGUCUGAGUAGGAAAGGACCCUAGGAACGUGUUUGCGUGCACCCUAAUGUGCCUGUAUGUGUUAUCUCUGAUUUACAUUUAUUUUUCUUUGACUCUAACUCAUUGUGUCAUACAUUAGCUACCCACUAAAAGUUAGACUAAGGAUAAAAUUGAACUUCAAUAUAUCUAACCUAUAGUGUAAUAUACCAAAAUGAAAUGAAUGCAGUCAUAUUUAUGGUUAGAAUUCUUUCCUCUAUUUCAAUCAGCAACCUUCUUCAAACAUGGAUGACAGUGGAUUCUUCUCCAUUCAGGUAUCAAUGAAACAUUCUUUCAUUGGGCUGAGGGAGGGGGGGAGGGGGGGUAAUAUUCAUCUCACUCAGUGGUUUGGUAGGCAUUUUCAAACAAUAAUAUAUUAAUAACUAGUACCAAAGAAAACAGUCAGGUUUGUUUCCUGAUACCUUUAUAGCUACCAGAGGGUUUCUCUUGUGUGUGGUGGGGUGCUUCUGUUUGGAGCUGACAGAUCUUCUGCUGAAGGCCGAAGCCAGGAGUGGCAAAGAGGUGAGAAAAACCUCUGGUAUGGAGUUAUGCUAUUAACCAUCCAGCCUUGUGCAAGGUCUGGAGUUGGUGUCUUCAUCUCAAGCAUCCUACCACAUACAAGAAAUCACCACUGCUGCCCCCUUACAUAAAAUAUGCCUGGUAAUAUGCCUUGACAUUUUGCAGGUUCUGCUAUAGUUUCUUUAGAUUUAAAAGGUUCAAAAUAAUGACGUCAAAUAUCCCGCUCAAAUUGAACAUUUUCUUAAUAUAAAUGACCAGUUGACUGACUGUAAAGUAAAAGAGUAUUGCCAACAAUUUUAUUGUUUGACUUUGUUUUGUUUUGUUGUGUUUUUUUUUAGGUUAUAUGCAAUGCGCUUAGAGUAUGGAAUAUUGAACUGAUUCCUUUCCUUAGUCCAGAUGCUGGACAGGCAAGAGAAAACCCUCAGUAAGCUUUGGUACUCUACUGAAACUUUUUUUAAAACAAACAACCACAACUUUUAUUUAAACAUGGGUAGAAUUAAAGCUAAUACAGCUUAUGGGGCCAGGGGCCCGUUUCUCGAAAGUCCCGUUAACUUUUCGGGCCUGAAAUCAAAUAUUCAAAUCGAAAUAAAAAGAAUAAGAGCGCAGGUCCUGGCUGGCAAACAACUCCAUUUUGUUUCGUUAACUGAUAGUUUUAUCAUGUUAGAUGCAAAACUAUUGAAACCUCGAUCUUUAAUGGCAACCGAGACAGCUUACCGGGCCCGUUAAUUAUUGGGACUUUCGAUAAACGGGCCCCAGGUACAUAUUUAAUAACAUUAAAAACAUGCCAAGUAAAGUACAUAAUUGUCAUUAAGAAUCUAUACCUAAAAAGUAGAAAUUACUAAAAUACUUUUCUUUCAAGAAAAAAUAUAAAAUAUAUCAUAUACUAAUAAAGAGCUUUGAAUCAUUGAUCAUGUGGUAUUAAAUUGAUUAUUAGUCAAUAAAAGUCAUUACACAUGUUUUUAUUUUGGGUGAUUCAGCUGAGAAUCGAAACUGAGAUUUUUGAGGGUUUGAGAGUUUAUGGCCAAGUUUAUCAAUGGAGGCACUCCCUGGCUUACUACUGACGUGUUGAUGAAGCAGCCACCUUUGAUUAAUCUCAGGUGGUAACAAAUACCUCCUACUAAUAAAUAAGUUAAAGAUCCGUACUCAACUGGAAGUUAUUACAACCCAGUUUUGAAACUUUGGAUCACAGAUUGAUGGCCCAGUUGCUUUUUAUCCUGCAAAAAAUAAGUUCUGUAACUUUCAGAACAGACUCCCGUUGAGAAAACAAGGUCUGAAUGAUAUUUAAUAAUGGUUAUUGAACUGAGGGGAGUGCAAUUUGAUCUGAAAUCAAACUCUUUUAAAAUCAAUUUGAAAUCUCAAGUAUGAUUUCAGGCCAAAAUUGCAUGACACGUAGUUUUGAUAUUUUAUUACUCUUGCUUUUCUCAAACUAGAAACCAGAGGGCAUUCAUAUGUAAUUUACAACAACAUUGGCUAACAAUACGAAAGCUGGGUCAUCAGGUAAUGGACCAAAAUAAAAAGAGACCCUUGGUUUAAAGAUGGUCAAACCUCUCCUUACAGGCGGCUGUUCUGUAAAAUGAUGGACAAACCUGUAAUAGCACAGAAGCUGAGUCUGUCUCUUUGGUGUUUAUAUUAGAGUGGUUUGACUGUACCCUGUAAUAUGGUAAUGAAUGUAAAUUUUCAAAGCAGUGUAUUACCAUUAAAACCUGUUAAAUCAAGUAGAGCUGUUUGUUAUGAAGCUAGUAAUGAUACUGCUAUAGCCAAAAGAGAUGUCAAAAACGUUUGGGUUGAGAGUGAUAUGCUAUGCCUGCUUCAAAAUGUAAUGAUAGCCCUGGGUCCAGCUGCAUAAAGUAACCUGAGAUAAGAGGGGAAAUUUUGCCAAUGCUUUCUGCCCUUCACUAUCUUUCGUUUUGGCCNAGUUUUGAUAUUUUAUUACUCUUGCUUUUCUCAAACUAGAAACCAGAGGGCAUUCAUAUGUAAUUUACAACAACAUUGGCUAACAAUACGAAAGCUGGGUCAUCAGGUAAUGGACCAAAAUAAAAAGAGACCCUUGGUUUAAAGAUGGUCAAACCUCUCCUUACAGGCGGCUGUUCUGUAAAAUGAUGGACAAACCUGUAAUAGCACAGAAGCUGAGUCUGUCUCUUUGGUGUUUAUAUUAGAGUGGUUUGACUGUACCCUGUAAUAUGGUAAUGAAUGUAAAUUUUCAAAGCAGUGUAUUACCAUUAAAACCUGUUAAAUCAAGUAGAGCUGUUUGUUAUGAAGCUAGUAAUGAUACUGCUAUAGCCAAAAGAGAUGUCAAAAACGUUUGGGUUGAGAGUGAUAUGCUAUGCCUGCUUCAAAAUGUAAUGAUAGCCCUGGGUCCAGCUGCAUAAAGUAACCUGAGAUAAGAGGGGAAAUUUUGCCAAUGCUUUCUGCCCUUCACUAUCUUUCGUUUUGGCCAAUUUAUCCUUAUCAUGUUAUAAUCCUCUUUUGGCAUCUCUGACAACAAGCACUUGGAAUUUCUUGUUCUAAAUCACUUAACUGGCCAAUUCACUGUAUUAAUUAAGGUGAAAAUGUUAGGUUGUGAUGGUUAUUCAAGUUCCGUUAACUUUUGUUCCUUUCAGUGGUUUAAUCUCAACUCACUGUUGGCCAAACCAGAGUUAAUUUCAGAAACAUACUUGUCCUUAUAUCUGAAACAGCUACAAACAGAAGGUGAGAGGAGCAUGAAAUCAUGAUGGGACUAGCUAGGAAACAUUUAAUAAAUUGUUGCCUAAUACAGUGACCACUCCCAACCCCAACCCCACCCCCGUGCAUGUGCAUGAAGGUUAAUUUUCAUUUUUGGGAUUUGUCUGUAUUCUUCUGGAAAUAAUUUUUAAGAUGUUAUAUAGGAGUUUGAUAUUCAGUCUUUAUGAUCAAUAGUUUGUCAUGGCCAGUUUAGUUCAGUUUUAGUAUUUUAAGGGGCUGGAAUCAUUCAUUAGCGUUAAAACACUUUGCUGAUCAAGAUGUUAUUGGUAAUUUGAGAGUCCAACAUAAAUAACCAUUAACUUUCUGUCAAUCUUCCUUUUUAUAGGUUACUCCAUAUUUGUUAUCAUGGGAAGACUGCCAGAAAGUGAAGCAGAUCAGUUAUUAAAGCUUUGUCCAGCCAAACCUGAGAAAAAACCUCCUUCUAAAAUGACUUCGUAUCAAUUUGUAAAUAGAUCUGAUUUAUCGGCUGCCCUUCAGCAAGCAACUACAAUAGGUAAAAGAAACGUUUUUCUUUUUGUAGGUAAAGGAAGAGAAAUACCAGACCCUUUUAACUAGUAUGAAUAGAUAUAGUACUGAAGUCUGCUUGAUUUUCUCCUGUUUUGUUCUGAUUAUUUUGAAGAGCCAAUCAUUAACUUUUGUACAUCUUUCCUUAAGUAGAGAACUUUACAUGUGACAAAUUUUGAAAAUUUCUGCUGCAAUGUAUAGUGUCCUGCCUCGCUAUGUAUUGCUCCUCAGCAACCACUCAGUGAAUGCAAGGCAUUUUUUCAGUGAUAAGAGGGUACUUGUUGUGACCACCAACUCUUGUGGGUUUGGGUGAUUGUUUCAUUCAAGGUUGUACUGAUGGGCAAGGGUUAACUUUACUUCCAUAUUUUUUCCUGAAAGUCAUGGUCAUUAAUUUGUCAAUAUGAGCAUUGGCAGCCUGUAAUAUAAACCUCAUUUUUCUUUUAUUUAAUGUAUCAUAAAUCAGACCAACCUGUAGAUACCGAAGAAGUUAGAAGAAAGCGAGAGUUAUAUUUUACAAGGUAAGACAGUUUAUUACAUUUUCAAAGGAGUGAAGUGUUUCCAUACUCAGGGGGACCUAUUUUCUCUAUUAGGGAGCUUAAGCAACAACAAUGGCAAAAAGCAAUAGGUUAAUAGUAGCAAAACAACAACUUUGUAUGUGCAUCACUCUUUUUUGUACAUUUUUAGCCGUUGUUGCAUGACUACAAUGUGAAAGUGCCUAAUUUCGUGUUUUGUUGAGGAUAGGAACAGUCAUUAGACAACAACUUUCUUUUUCUUUUCUUGAACUUUGAUAGAGUCUUUAAGAAUUCGACUCCAAAAAAAUUUGCCAACAUUUGACAAAUUAAAUGAGAUGGAAUAUGCGCAAUAAAGUUUGAGGCAGUGCUAAAUCACCUUUUAAUAACUGACGUUUUUAGCCGUCGCUGUCACUGUUGCUUAAGUUCUCUAUUAUCAAUUUUGAAGAGUGGUCCACUUCCCCAUGACACUACUGAGCACUUGCUGAACCAAUCUGGCUUAUAAUCAUCUGUUUCAUAUUUUGGCAAAAAUUUGGUGCAUCCACCAGGCCUUAGGCUGGUUUGUAAGAGAUGUACAGUAUCUGCUGGGCAGUGACUUAUCUGGUGGGUAGGGUAAUCCUUUUACACUGGAGCGCUUUCUUGCAGGUCUUGGUAAUUACCAGGCUCAGUCAAGCCUGUUACAUAUUGAUGUGUUUACAUUCAAGAUCAGCGUUCCUGAGUUGCAAAGUUUACCAUUUGCAUUUGCAUUUGCCACCCCUAACAAGAAAUCCAAAUGUAGAUCAGAUUUUCCUUUAGCAACCACCCUUAAUAGGCCACUACCCCCCAGGCCUAUUGUGUAUACUGUAAAAACAUGUCACUGUACUUCUUUCAGGCAAGGAGAAAGCCAGACGGGCAAUAAUCAAACCACAAUACAAACAGAUGCACCUUCAAAUCAUCAGGGACCAAUAUCAGGUGAUAUUUGGUAAAGAAUGUAAAAUAUUCCAUGUCUGAAGGGAACCAGAAAGAAUCACUCAUUCUCAAGCAGACCACAUGCUGAAAUUCUUCUCUCCCUUGACCUUCCACUCUUCCUUUUUUUCUCACUGGUCAAUGGAGAUUGUUUAUAGGUACUUAUCCUUUUCCUUAGGCCGCCAGCCAGUGUAAAAAAAAUGAUUCGUAGUGUCAGUUUUUUUAAAAAAUAUAUUCCUAUUCUAGAAUACAGCCAUAAAAUGCAGCCCAAACAGAGUGUAAUAGGGAAGGCCACAGUUUAACUCUAUGAUAACUUUAAUCGAACAGAUAUUCAGCAUAUUAUCUACCUUGCCUUGCCUUGCCUCUGACUAAUUAGGCGCUGACCUAUAACUAAAAAAAAUGAUGACAAUCGCCAUCUCUUAAAAUUAUGCGCUUUGUUUUGAAUUAGGCGUAAAUGGAACAGUAAUUGACAAAAUCCUCUGACAACCACAUGCAAUCUUGACCAAAACUGUUAGAUCAAGCAGUGUUGGGAUUUUUACUUGGGGGUAGGGGAAAGGGGUAUCUGGAGUAAGUAGAGGGGUUGCAGGGUCCCAUAAAGAACAGCCUCUUCCCCAUCGGGGUACUCUGGAUUUCAAGUGACAGGGAUGAUAAAAUGGUGGGAAAAAAUCGAAACCCAAAAAAUGCCUAGGGCUUCCAACAAAACCCAAGAAAACCUCUGGACCAAAAAUUAACCCCCCAAAAUUCCAAGCCUUAAAAAUUUCCAAAAAAAGCAUUAAAUGAUAUAUUAAACACAAGAAAUUAAUUAGGAAAAUGAUUAAAUGUUAGUGUUUGUGGAUGGGAUAUGCGGGCACUAACAACAAACUUCAGAUUGUUUUGAAUGAGGCUCUGCCAGUGGGGGAGGGGAGUCCCAUGUCACUAGUCUGAAUUUUAAAACAUCUCAUGUCGGUGUUUUAAAUGCUUCAUGUCGCUUUCGGAAAUUGAACAAAAAUUCUUUGUCUUUGUCGGAAUUUUAGAAAAGGGGGGCAGUAGCAAUGCGUUGUAAAGAAAUCAUUACUGACAGUUCCGCAAUUUCUCAGUUAAAAUUGGGCGUAUCAAAUACCUAUACAUCACCAUUCACAAUUACGUGAUCCACGUUCAACAUUUUAAGGCUAACUGACUUGAUAAUCGUGAUAAUCGUGAAGGCACUGUCUCCCAGUAGUCGUGCAGGGUUGCUUAAAAUUAAUGAAGUGUACUGUGACGCGCGCUCAGGAGGUUCCACUGAAGCUAACUGACAAGAGACAAGAGACAUUCUCUGACUUCUCUGAAGCGCUAGGAAAAUUGAUGAAAAAUACUUCUUCUUGGCGUUCAGACUGGUGAUAAAUUAGCCAAACCACUGUUCUUUGACACUUAUUCAUGGCUUUGCCAUCACUGUCACAAUUUGGCCAAGGGAGGUUGUCUUUUAUCGCAAUUUCAUUUUACGCUCUGUCGCUACUUUUUGGGUCAUGUCGCUUGUCGGAAUUUAGCCUGGCAGGGCCUCUUAAAUACUAAAAAAGGCCCUACUUAAAUCAAGCCACCCAAAAAAAAUACUUCCCAAAAUUGAAAAAUUUGAUACCCAAAAAAAUCCUUGAACCAUCCCCCUGGGGCCUUUCUUCUUCUGUCCUUAUUUCCUCACAUCGUAUGGGACAUUUCAGCAGAGUGCCCUUGGGUGGCCAUAAAUGAUUAGAAAAUGGCUAUUUCUGCAGCCAAAGGGUUAGACUGCAAAACAGUCCGUAUUUUGUGUAUUCAAGUACGCGCAAGCAGUCAAACAAAAGGUCUGGAACGAGGCUGAAAACAGAAAGCGAGACUGGGGAGAGACGCUAAAAAUACAGACUGUCCGUUUUGCAUACGUUGUAUUCGUUCGAAUUACCCGCUUCUCCUGGCCACGGGCAAUUCCCAUUGGCUAAAUUUUGGUGCAAGCUGUCACCAAGCCGUCAAGUUUAAGACUCUCAUGCCAUGCUUUACCGAUUUCUUUACUGAUUUUGAGAAAAAAACCGACUGUUUUGCAGUCUACCAAAGGGUUUAGAAAGUGGGCAGAUUAGUCGUCUCUUGAAAAUCUCCCCAAGAGUUAAUACAAAGUUAAUUCCAAGUUUUGAAUAUCUUACAUUGUCUGAUGCUUGUCUUACUCAAUAUCUGUUAUUCCUCUUUGUUUCAGAUUUGACUGAAGAAGAAGUUCUCCAAAUGGCCGUUCAGCUCUCUCUUCAAGAGAUGUAG